UAAUGAGUCUCCUGACGCAGCUCAGAUUGUUACUGUGGAAGAACUUUACUCUACGGAGCAGACAGAAGGUGCGCUUGCUGGUGGAGUUGAUAUGGCCUCUGUUCCUGUUUUUCAUUCUGGUGUCAGUCAGAUCCACCAACUAUCCCGUUUACAAAAGCCAGUGCCACUACCCCAAUAAGCCCCUCCCAUCGGCGGGCGUGUUGCCAUGGCUGCAGGGCAUGCUGUGUAACAUCCAGAACCCGUGCGUCAGCUUCCCCACACCUGGAGAAACACCCGGACAGGUGAACAACUUCGACAACUCCACAGUCACAAAGGUUCUGGUUGAAGUCCAGUCGCUCCUGGCAGAUCCUGCUCUCUUCAGCAGCCUCAAACUGAUCUCCGGGGACAUCGGCCAGUGGACGUCUGUCCUGCAGAAAGCAAACCCGGCAGCAGGUCAGUCGAUUCCUCUUCGCAGUUUGCUGAGAACCAACGAGACGUUUUCUGAAUAUCUGACGAGCAGCCUUUCGGUGCCAAACACAACCGCCGCGAGUCUGAUGAGGGCAAGAGUUCGUCUCGGACAGCUGCCCGCUCUGCCGACUGACGGAGAUCUGCGCUCUGUUCUCUGCGGCCCAUCCAUCGAUCGCAUCCUGGAGUUUAAUUCAGCCAAUCAUAAAGAAGAGUUUCAGAACGUCACAUGCUCUCUGACAGCCAAUCAGCUUCUUCAGGCCAGACGCGUGUUCACACAGAAUCUGGACAACAUGAAGCUCCUGAAUGCACUUCCGUCGGCGCUGGGUCUGAACCGGCUGGAGGUGAGCGUCCUGAUGGGUCAGACCGGCGCUCACGUCGGCCCGCUCAUGACCUCGAUGUCUAACUUCAGGUCUGGCGCUGCUGGCGCGGCAGGCUCGCUGGACUUCAGGUCGGAUCCGUUCGGGAGUCUCUCUCAGCUGAUGUGUGGAACAGCCUUCAACAGGACGAGCAGAGUCGCGUCGAGAUCAGCGUCGACAGAAUCAGACCAACGAAACGCUCGCGCCGCUGCAGCAGACAACACCGACUCAAGCAGCACCAACACCAGUGCGUUCUGUAAAAACCUGACGGACACGCUGGAGAACACUUCCAGCCUGCGUCUGCUCUGGAAAACCUUCCGGCCGUUCCCAGGGAAGAUCCUGUACUCUCCUGACACCGGCGUCACGCGCAGCAUCGUCUCGGAGGCCAACCGUACCUUUGACGCUCUGGCUAAAGUGGGCGAGCUGGCCGAGGCCUGGCUGGAGAAUGAAGACGUCGUCUGGGAGUUCUUCAACAACAGCUCGCAGAUCAACACUCUGAGGGCUCUUCUGAAGAACCCAGUGUUUUCAGCCGUUCUGGACCAGCAGCUGGGAGACACCGCUCUGUCCUCUGCGCUCAUCACUAACUUCCUGUUUAACGGGCCUGAGUCGCAGCGUCCGGCGGGGAUGCCCUCCUACGACUGGCGUAACGUCUUCAGAGCCGUCAGCAGCGCAGCACAGCAGAUCACACAGAUCCUCACGUGUUUUGAUCUGGAUAAGUUUGAAGGCGUCAGCACUGAGGCUGCGCUGGUCGAGCGGUCUUUGAAGCUCCUGAAUCAGGACCGUUUCUGGGCAGGGCUGGUCUUCACAGAUCUGGACCCCGCUGACCCACAGCCCCCGCCACACAUCAGAUACAAGAUCCGCAUGGACAUCGAGGACACCGAGAGGACGGACAAGAUCAAAGAGAGGUCGUGGUCCCCGUCGGCCCGUGAUAACCCCUUCAAUGACCUGCACUAUGUGAGCGGAGGCUUCGUGUACCUGCAGGACCUGGUGGAUCGAGGCAUCGUCGCGGUUCAGACCGGAGUCCGUCAGCCGCUGGGAGUCUACGCCCAGCAGAUGCCUUACCCCUGCUACAUGGACGACGCGUUUCUGCGAUCUCUGACACGGUCCCUGCCUUUAUACAUGACUUUAGCAUGGAUCUACUCAGUUGCGUUGAUAGUCAAAGGUGUGGUUCAGGAGAAGGAGGCGCGCCUGAAGGAGACUGUGAGGAUGAUGGGAUUGAAGAGCUCAACCUACUGGCUGAGUUGGGCCAUCAGCAGCACCUUGCCCCUUGCUGUCAGCGCGCUCCUCACUAUCAUUCUGAAGUAUGGAAAGGUUCUGCGAUACAGCGAUCCCUCUGUGAUCUUUGUCUUCCUCCUGGUCUUCUGCGUGGCCACUGUCAUGCAGUGCUUUUUCAUCAGUGUGUUUUUCUCGGCGAAUCUGGCAGCCGCCUGUGGGGCCCUCAUCUACUUCCUGCUCUACCUGCCUCAUGUGCUUUGCUACGCCUGGAGGGACGUCCUGGGCUUCGGCGCCAAGAUCGCCACGAGCCUGCUGUCGUGUGUGGCCUUCGGAUACGGAUGUGAGAAUUUCUCCCGAUAUGAAGAGCAGGGCAUCGGCAUUCAGUGGAGCAACAUCCUCAGUCCGCAGGAAAACGACCGCUACUCCUUCAUCGCCUCCAUCUUCAUGAUGCUGUUCGACGCGUUCAUUUACUGGAUCCUGACCUGGUACAUCGAGAACGCUUCACCCCGGUCAGUAUGGCAUCCCAAGCCCUGGUAUUUUCCCUUCACUUCCUCGCACUGGUGCGGCACUCCAGUCAGAUCCGAUGCCCAUCCAGACCUGGCCCUCUGAGCUGGAGAACACAUAUCCAUCCAGCCGAAUUAAUAUGUUUUCUGUAGGUUAUCUGGAAAACCUCCAUCUGGAAUGAAGCCUGGAGUUUGUAUCAGAAACCUGGUGAAGGUCUAUAACGGAAAUAAACUGGCUGUGGAUGGACUCAGUCUGGACUUCUACCAGGAUCACAUCACCUCGUUUUUAGGACACAACGGAGCUGGAAAAACAACCACCAUGUCCAUACUGACGGGUCUCUUCGCUCCCACGUCCGGGACGGCUUACAUUAACGUCGACAUCCGCUCCGACAUGGACAUCAUCAGGACUCACCUGGGAAUGUGUCCCCAGCACAACGUCCUCUUCAACGAUCUGACCGUGGAAGAGCACAUUUAUUUCUACGCCCGUCUGAAGGGCCGGAGCUCUAAAGAGGUGAAGAAGGAGAUCGAUCGGAUGAUUCGAGACGUGGGUCUGCCUCACAAACGCAAAGACCUCGCCAAGAACCUCUCAGGUGGGAUGCAGAGGAAGCUGUCGGUGGCCAUCGCGUUCGUGGGCGGAUCCAACGUGGUGAUCCUGGACGAGCCCACGGCCGGAGUCGAUCCGUACGCCCGCAGAGGCAUCUGGGAGCUGCUGCUCAAAUACAAACAUGGUCGUACCAUCAUUCUGUCGACGCAUCACAUGGAUGAGGCAGAUAUUCUGGGAGAUCGUAUCGCCAUCAUCUCGCACGGCCGCGUCUGCUGCUGCGGCUCCUCGCUCUUCCUCAAGAAAACCUACGGUAGAGGUUAUUACCUGACGGUGGCGCGGGCCAAUCAGGAGCGAGUCGCGGCUCAACGGGUCCCAGCGAUUAAAGAGUAUGAUAAAUCCAGCGUGGAUGAGGGCAUUUGCAGUGACAGCAUCAGCAGCCUGGACCCGCCAGACGCGGCGGAUGUGAGUCGACUGGUGCGGCGGCAUGUGCCGGAGGCCGAGUUUCUGGAGGUCGUAGGUCAGGAGCUGGUGUAUGUGCUGCCGUACACGGCGCCACAAACGGCAGCCGCGUCCCUCUUCAAAGAGCUGGAUCUGGAGAAGAGCGCUCUGGGAGUCACCAGCUACGGGAUAUCAGACACGAGUCUGGAGGAGAUCUUUCUGAAGGUUGCUGAAGACACUGGUGUUGAUGUGGAAUCCCAUGAUAAGAAAGGAACUCUUGAACAAAAGCGCAGAAGCAGCUCAAGGAUAUCAGGAGUACAGACUAUCAGCUCAGCACUGGAAUGCAAAGAUGCAAACGCUGUGAAAAAUGAUGCAAAGAUUAAAUUCACUAGACGUGUGGAGGACACCCAUCGGCCCAUGUGUGUGAACGGCAAAGGAUCGUACGUCAUCAUGGGUUGGUCACUAAUCAAACAGCAGUUUUUAGCUCUUUUUAUCAAGCGUUUCCACCAUGCCCGCAGAAGCCGGAGAGGAAUCAUCGCUCAGGUUGUAAUGCCGGCGUUCUUCGUGUGUUUGGCUCUCAUCUUCUCACUGAUUGUUCCUCCGUUUGUUGAAUAUCCCAGUCUGGAGCUUCAGCCCUGGAUGUAUGGAGCUCCGCAGAAUACCUUCUACAGUUUUGAUGAUCCUGGUGUAGAUCAGGUGGAGCGAGUAAAGAACGCUCUGAUCCGUUCACCGGGAUUUGGGACACGCUGCAUGAGCACCAACCCCAUCCCUAAAUUGCCGUGUAACCCGGCGGGAGGCACUGAUUGGUUCACUCCCGCGGUGGAUCCGUCCAUCACUGAGAUCUUCGAGAAGGGGAACUGGAGCAUGGAGAACCCGUCUCCAGACUGUCAGUGUAGCACACCACAGCGCAGCAUCAUGCUCCCAGACUGCCCGGCCGGAGCCGGCGGUUUACCACCACCGCAGAGAACUCAGAACACCACAGACACCCUGCAGAACCUCACGGCCCGAAACAUGACCGACUUCCUGCUCAAGAGCUACCAGAAAUCAGGAAAAAUACGGUACGGUGGGAUCUCCGUCGGCGGCGUGAACUCACAGGUCAAACUCAAUGAAUCUGACAUUACGGCCGUGAUCGACGACUUCAGAUCAUUGCUCGGCAUCUCACAGUUUAAUGAGACCGAGCGGGUUUUCCGGGCCAUCCGGUUGUUUCUGGUGGAGUUGGGAACCAGAGACAAUGUGAAGGUGUGGUUCUAUAACCAGGGCUGGCAUUCGCUCGUGUCCUUCCUAAACGUGGCCAGUAACAGUAUCCUGAGAGGAAAUCUUCCCGCGGGACGGCGAGCGGAAGACUUCGGCAUCACCACAUUCAACCACCCACUGAACCUCACCAAAGAACAGCUCUCACUCGGAGCGCUGGCCACGACUUCAACGGACGUGGUGGUGUCGAUCUGCGUGAUCUUCGCCAUGUCCUUCAUCCCGGCCAGCUUCGUCCUCUUCCUCAUCCAGGAGCGCGUCAGUAAAUCCAAGCACCUGCAGUUCGUGAGCGGAGUCAACCCCACCGUUUACUGGCUGGCCAACUUCGCCUGGGACAUGUGUAAUUAUAUCGUGCCGUGCAUCAUCGUCAUCGUCAUCUUCCUGUGUUUCCAACAAAAAUCGUACGUCUCUCCGCCGAACCUGCCUGCGCUCAUACUGCUGCUGCUGCUCUACGGGUGGUCCAUCACACCCAUGAUGUAUCCCGCCUCCUUCAUCUUCAGCGUUCCCAGCACAGCGUAUGUGGUCCUGACCUGCAUCAACCUCUUCAUCGGCAUCAACGGCAGCGUGGCCACGUUUGUCAUGGAGCUCUUCGACGACCCGAAUAUAACCCGUAUCAAUGACAUAGUCAAACAGGCUCUGCUGGUGUUCCCUCAUUUCUGUUUGGGAAGAGGCCUGAUGGACAUGGCCAAAAACCAGGCCAUGGCCACUCUCUACCAAAACCUAGGAGAAGACCGCUUCGAAAAUCCUCUCACCUGGAACAUGGUGGGCAAGAAUCUGUUUGCCAUGGCCAUUCAGGGAGGCGUCAUGUUCGGCCUGACCCUGCUCAUCCAGUACAAGUUCUUCUGCAGACCCAAGUCGGUGAAGUCACUCCCGACUUCUUCGGGAGAAGAGGAUGAAGACGUGGCUCGGGAGCGUGAACGCGUGCAGCAGGGCGGAGCUCAGAACGACCUGCUCCGAGUCUGUGACCUCAGCAAGAUGUACCGUGUAAAGAAGACUCCGGCCGUGGAUAGAAUCUGUGUAGGUGUUCCUGCUGCAGAGUGUUUCGGUUUGCUGGGAAUCAAUGGAGCUGGUAAAACUACGACUUUUAAAAUGCUGACGGGAGACAUCAGCCCGACAUCUGGAGAAGCCUUCCUUAAUGGAUACAGCAUCCGGACUGACAUGCAGCUGGUGCAGCAGAAUAUGGGUUACUGUCCACAGUUUGAUGCCAUUGAUGACCUUUUGACGGGACGAGAACACCUGGAGUUCUAUGCUCGACUCCGUGGGGUCCCCCGAAAAGAGGUUUCCAUGGUGGCUGAGUGGGGUGUUCAGAAACUCGGUCUCGUCAAAUACUCAGAGAAAUCAGCGGGAACUUACAGCGGCGGCAACAAGCGCAAACUCUCCACCGCCAUGGCUCUGAUUGGCUGCCCUCCUCUUGUCUUCCUCGACGAGCCCACCACCGGUAUGGACCCGAAGGCCCGGCGUUUCCUGUGGGACUGUAUCCUCAGUGUGAUAAAGGAGGGCAGAUCUGUUAUACUCACCUCUCACAGCAUGGAGGAGUGUGAAGCGCUCUGCACCCGCAUGGCCAUCAUGGUGAACGGACAGUUCAAAUGCCUGGGAAGCAUCCAGCACCUGAAGAGCAGGUUCGGGGAAGGAUACACGCUGAUCAUACGGGUGAGUGCCGAUCAGGCCGACCUGUGCGCGUUGGAGACGUUCGUGCACGACACGUUUCCCGGGAGCGUUUUGAAAGAGAGGCAUCACAACACGCUGCAGUACCAGAUCCCUCAGACAGACGGCGCUCUCACACACAUCUUCAGCGAGCUCAACAAACACCAGCAGCUGCUGCACGUCGAGGACUACUCUGUGUCCCAGACCACACUAGACCAGGUUUUUGUGAGUUUUGCUCGGCAGCAGCGUGAUGAAGAGGACGCCGCGUUCGAGAACGACGUGGAUCUGAACGACGAAAUGCAGACAUCAGCUACAUGAAUCAAACGUCAAUCAGCGGAAACCAGGCACUUUAGCAGGAGCUAUUUAUUUGACGUCCAGAUCUCCACGCAGGCCACAUCCAACCACGAGCACACAGACAACUCAGGGUCGUUUUUAUACCAUAUUUUUUUAUCAGUGAAACACUUGCGUAACAUUAUAUGCUCCAUGUUUGAAAUGGCUUAUUUCCACACACAAUAUAUUUUUGCCAAAUGCAAAGAGAUUAUAUAUAUAUAUAUUUUACAUUUUAUGAAACUUAUUUGUUGUUGAUUUGGGCUUUGUUUGUGACUUGAUAUCAAACUGCAGAAAUAUAUUUUAGCUUUACUUGUACUUAUUAAAAGAGCACAUGCAUUGAUUUUUGCUUUUGAAUCUCACCUUUUCUGUUCUAUAACGUCACUGAGGCUCAAGUAUACUUUGUACUGUAAGUCGUAUUUUCUCUCGCUGCAUUCACAAGUGAAAUCUAAAUCUUUAGCAGCCGUGCUUUAUGUCUGUAAGAAGCAGUCGGGAAAUGCGCUGAGAAUAUUUUUACCUCGGAGAAGACCUCAGCACUUACUGUAUGCGCUCUUAAUCCCGCUGUUUAUUCAGCAUUCGUAUGCGCUCCCAUGAUCCUGUGCGUCUGCCGCUCGGAUGUUUGUUCUGCUUAUUGCUUUAUGCACGGACACACAUUAAACAUUUGCACACGC